CCUGAUUUCGAGCCAGCCCUCUCCCUCUCCCCUUCUCACACAUCACAUGCUGCGACUGCGAGUGAUUUUAGAGAGAGCCAUCGGCCAUAUAAGGGAGGAGCGAGGAAGGAAGAGUGAGUCUGAUUCCCCUCCCGCUCUCUCUUCUCUCCUUCCCUCACCAGAUUUCCGCGAACUUCCCGAGAAAAUUAACAGAAAAGAGAGAGAGCUCCAGACGGAACUCGGAGUUUCAGAAAGGCGAGGAGGGAGCGUCAUUCGGUUCGCCGUCCUGCCCAUUUCUUCUAGCCGCCGGGAUAUAUCACAUAUGUCGACGCGACGGAACCCGCUGCGACACCCAGCCGUCGUCUCGAUCGGCUGCAACUGCCGCCGGCCGAGAAUCGCGGGCCUGCCGGUCAAGAAGCCGAAGCCAAAGCCGAAGCCGAAGCCCCCUCCGGCGGCCGGGAAGAAGGGGACGUCCCCGCCGUCGACGUCGUCUUGCUCGUGGGAGCGGUUCUUCUCCGGGGACGACCUCUCCACCAGCACCGCCUUCUCCUCGUCCAAGGCCAGCCGGAGCUCGCCGGAGCGGGGGCGCGGCCUCAUUCCGCCGGCGCUGGGCGGGAGCGUCGCGGUGGUGAAGACGUCGGACGACCCGUACCACGACUUCCGGAAUUCGAUGGUGCAGAUGAUCGUGGAGAACGAGAUCUACAGCCGGGACGACCUGUGCGAGCUGCUGCGCUGCCUCCUCUCCCUCAACUCCCCCUUCCACCACGACGCCAUCCUCCGCGCCUUCGCCGAGAUCGUCGACGGCUUCUUCCCCUGACCCCCGAAUUUACCACCCCACCCCUGCGGUCGUGACAGAAUGACCGGAACGACCUCGAAUUCACAAAGUCACGAAAAUGCCCCUCUCCCUCUCACCGUCACGUUCCCUCUCCCCCCCUCCCUUUUGUUCGUCGAGUUCGAGGUGGUUUCUGUCAUUCUGCUCAUAGGGGCUUCCUCUUGUUCCUUUUCUUUUUAACUUUUUUUUACUUUUCCUCGAUGUAAAAAAAUAUGGACUAGCAAGCAAGUAGUCUAGUCUGGUUGAUGUAUCUCUAAUUGCAGACCGUUUAAUGAAUAGCAUUAAGUAGUUUCAUGCUAGAAAAUA